AGCAAUUUUCCACCUUUACCCUUAUGGCGACAAGCGCCUCCCCGUCUGCUGUUGCCGUUGAUGCCGUUGCAUCGUGUGACGAUUCUUCGUCAAUCUCGGCUACGCUGAGCACGUAUGAUGACUCGGAAGUGGCAUCGCUGUUGUCGUCUGCUAGUAGACAGCAUUUGGAGGGCAUCAUAACGAACGACAUGCCAGCCAGCAUUGUUGGUCUGUGCCACCCUUUGCUGGACUUGGUAGCGACAAUCGACGACUUUGAGGCCUACGGGUUGGAGCCGUCGACGCAGCGGCUCGCGAAGGGGAGCGACGAGGAUAAGAAGCUGUUCGCGCGAAUGUUAGGUGACGGCGAGUUGACCGUACAUCGUAUUGCUGGUGGGCAGGCGAUGAACUCUUUGAGAGGCGUCAAGUGGUGGUUCGACCGCCACGAAGCUGAUCCGGAAUACAAUGAUGUGAGUUUCGCGAACACGUCGGUUCGGAUCGUCGGCAGUGUUGGUGAUGAUGAAUAUGCAAAUGUGUUGAGGGAGGCUUGUGUGGAGGCUGGUCUUGAGACUGACUUUGAGGUGUUUCCUGGUGGCCGUACUGGGAAGUGUUGUGCGCUUUUGAAAGACAAAAAACGGACGAUGAUUACCGAUUUGGGAGUGGCGCCAGAUUUCCGGGCCGGCCCUGAGCGAGGGAUUCCGACUGAUUGCAGAAUAUUGUAUACGACUGCGUUUUACGCUUGUGGGGAUGGGUAUGCGUGCAGAGAGUACAUCCCUAACCAUCCACAGAUCAAGUCUGGAUAUACGAAGCUGUUCGCUGGCCUCAGCGCGGCUUGGGCCUGCAAGAACGAUGAUUUCACGUAUAUGGCUCGUUAUGCAUGUGACGUUGUCUUCGGUAACGAAGUGGAGUUCACUGCUUUCGCUGAGCAUCUCGGCAUUGUAGGGGUGUCUAAAAUGAGCCCUAGGGAGAUAGCGGAGGCGGUCUCGGCGUUUAUGAAGCCGGGCGCUUGGGCAAUCAUGACUCAAGGUCCUGAUCCCGUCGUAUGCUGUAGCAAUUUGACGGACACUUGCGACGCCUUUACUCAUACCGUCCGAGAUCUGGACCCUCUGGCUAUCUCUGACGAUAUUGGCGCUGGCGACGGCUUUGUGGGGGGUUUUAUCGCUGCAAUAUACGCAAGGUUACUGGCGAGCGAUUUCACUCCACGAAGUAUGCCGUCUCCUGUCGAAAGCAUAAUAUCGAAUGCAAGGGAUGAUGAUACCAGCUAUCUUCUCCCUGGGGACGAUUCUCGAUCGGAUACAUGGUAUUGGAUAACGAGGCAAAUGGUGAUGGAUGGCGUCGAGGAGGGCAUAUACUGUGCUCGACAAGUCAUGAAACACACUGGUUGUCAGUACUUCUAA